GUGUCAGCUAUACACAUUGAGUCGUUGUGUGCCUUGGGUUGGUUUAGCAUUAGCAGCAGAAACAUUGAGCUUCAGUUCAAUUCGAAGUGCCGGCAACGUUGCAACGGGCUAACGCUUGAGUCGUCAAUAUAAAUAAACAUACUACUUGAUUGAAUAUAGGCAGUCAAAAAGAACGAAAAAUACAAGACAAGACAGACAGACGCACAGCUAUAAUCAGCAAAACAAAAUAACGCAGUCAUAAUCGACAACAGUCGCCAGUUUUUCGGUGUGAAGUUUCGAUCAAGAACGACGACCAACUCGAAAAAGUGACCUUUAACCACAACAGAACAAAACGUCCAAUUUAUAACAAAAACAAAAACCAUUCACUCACGGUGGUGUUGCAUAAAAUCGAAACAAAUAACUGACAAGUUUUUGAAGUGUCUCGAAGAAAAAAGAGUACAAUUCCAAUUUUACAAGAUAUACGAAAAAAGAGAACGAAAAUGUUAUCGAAACUAAUUACAAGCCGUGCUCUCGGCGGUGGCUAUCGUGUUCAACAAAGUGUACAACGUUUUCUUGCAUCAGGUCAAACUGUAACAAACAAACGUAAUGUAAGCACCGCAGAAUCGCAACCAAUUAUGGAUUCGUAUCAAUCGUAUUUUACACACAAUCCAGUUGAGGGAUUCAUUCGAAACAGUCCAUAUGAUGUCGUUACGACACCAAAUUUGGCUAUUGAUCAAUACGUUUGGGAAAAUGUUGCUAAAUGGCCCAAUCAUGUUGCAGUUGUGUGCGGAGUAACUGGUCGUUCUUACACUUAUUCUCGUUUACGUGACCAUUCAGCCGCACUUGCAAUUCGUUUGCAUUCGAAUUUAAAUUUGCACAUUGGCGAUGUGAUUGCCGUAUGUUUGCCAAAUAUUCCUGAAUUUGCAAUUGCCGCUUUAGGUUCUAUUGAAGCUGGUCUUACUAUAACAACAAUAAACCCAAUUUAUACAGCCGGCGAGAUUCAACGUCAAGUGGAAGCAAGUAAUGCAAAAGCAAUCAUCGGAACGCCAAGAACAUAUGCGACAAUCAAAGAAGCCAUUCAAAAUGCAAAGAAGGACAUCAAAAUUAUUUGCAUUAAAACCGAUGAAAACGAAUCGAUUCCAAGUGGUGCAAUCAACUUUGCUGACUUAAUUGAAACAAAUAAUAUCGAUUUUGGUUUAUUGCGUCCGCAUAAAAGACAUCCCGAUGAUAUGGCAUUUCUACCGUUCUCAUCCGGUACGACUGGUUUGCCAAAAGGCGUUAUGCUUAGCCAUAAUAAUAUUGGAGUGAAUUGUGAACAAAUUGGCGUUAAAAUUGGUGACGGGCCUCUGAUUUUACCCACAACGAAUGAGAAUCAAGAUGUAGCAACAUGUGUAUUGCCAUUCUUUCACAUUUACGGUUUUACGGUGACGCUGAUUUCAAAGCUUGCACUUGGCGCCAAAAUUGUCACAUUACCCGAAUUUAAACCGAAUACAUUCUUGGACUCGGUUAGAGAUCACAAAGCUACCCUUUUGCACAUUGUACCGCCAAUUAUGAUUUACUUGGGACAACACAAUGGAGUAAAUGCAAAAGAUUUGGAAUCCGUUCGAUCGGUUAUGUCUGGUGCUGCACCCCUAGGAGCUCUGGAUGUUGAACGAUUCUACAAAAAAGCGCCAAAUACAAAUAUUGUACAAGGCUAUGGCCUGACAGAGACAAGCCCGGUGGCAUGUUUUAAUAUGCCGGGAAAUCAAAAAUAUGCCUCUGUGGGCCAUCCGGCUAGCGCUACACGUUGCAAAAUCGUCGCAACGAAUGAUUCAACCGGUGUUGGUCUAGGACCAAAUGAAACCGGGGAAUUGUGGGUUAAAGGGCCACAAAAUAUGCUUGGCUAUUUGAAUAAUGCUGAAGCGACAAACGAAAUUUUGUUUGAUGGAUGGAUUCGAACUGGUGACAUCGCCCACUAUGACAAUGAUGGUUUCUUCUACAUUACCGACCGUCUCAAAGAACUAAUCAAAGUUAAAGGAUUCCAAGUUGCUCCAGCGGAGUUGGAGGAAAUUCUUAGAAGUCAUCCUGAUAUCACUGAUGCUGCUGUGGUUGGUGUUACACAUGAAAAAACUGGCGAAGCACCGCGUGCUUUUGUAAUAAAACGACCUGAAAGUCAAACUUCCGAACAGGAUAUCAAACAAUUUGUUGCACAAAAAGUGUCUGAAUUCAAACGGCUCGAAGGUGGUGUACAAUUUUUGGAAACCAUUCCGAAAAAUGCGACCGGCAAAAUUAUGCGACGUGAACUCAAAUUGAAGUAUUACAAAUAUAAAUUAAAAGUGUUCAUAGAGUUUAUAAAAAAAUUAAAAAUGAUUCGCAGUGCAUUGCUAAAGUCGAUCAUUAAGAGAAAUGGUGUUCAAUCGCUCAGGCGAUUCCAAUCGAUAGAAAGAACUUCACUGAGCGAUCUGGGCAAGAAAAGUUUGCUUUACGAUGAAAAAGAAGGUUUUGUGAUGAAAUCUCCGUAUGGUGCGGUUUCGAUUCCUGAAAUGACAAUCGAUCAAUACGUAUGGAAAGAUAUGCCAAAAUGGCCAAAUCGUAUCGCAAUUGAAUGUGGUGUUACUGGUCGUAAUUACACGUAUGCCAAACUCAGAGAUCAUUGCGCCGCAUCGGCCAUUCGAUUAAGAAAACAUUUGAAUUUACAACAAAAAGAUAUAGUUGCCAUUUGUCUUCCGAAUGUACCAGAGUACGCCGUUGCGUUUCUGGGAUCGAUUGAAGGCGGCCUAAUCGUGACAACGGUAAAUCCAUGGUAUACAAGCGAAGAAAUAUCACGUCAGUUUAUAAGUUGUCAGCCGAAGGUCGUGUUUUGUCAAGUUGAUAACUAUGAAGUGGUUAAAAAAGCUUGUGCACUUGCUCAACAGCCGAACACAAAGAUUAUUGUUGUCAAACACAAUGCAGCCGCUUCGAUUCCAGACGAUGCAAUUAAUAUCGAUGAGUUAAUGAAUCCAAAUGGUCUCGUUCUAUCUGAAACGUCUGAAUUGAAUAAAAACAUUGAUUGCGAUGAUUUUGUUGUACUGCCUUAUUCAUCGGGUACGACGGGACUGCCAAAGGGUGUUAUGUUGACACAUCGGAAUUUGGUGGCAAAUUGUCAAUCCUUGGACGUUGGUGUGCCGUAUGAAAAAUUAACUUUACCAACCACCAAUGACUUUCAAGAUGUCUUGCCAUGUUUUCUACCAUUUUUUCACAUAUAUGGUUCGAUGGUGAUACUCGCACCCAAAUUAGCACUUGGCACAAAGAUCGUUACACUGCCCAAAUAUGAAGUGAACGAGUUCCUAAAUGUUAUAAAAGAUUAUAAGGCGACCGUAUUACAUUUAGUUCCACCGGUUGUAAUCCAUUUGGGCAAUUACAAAGGAGCUAAGCCCGAGCACUUUGAACACGUUCGACUAACAGUAAGUGGUGCCUCAAAUCUAGCCCAAGCUGAUGCUGAUCGACUCAAGAAAAUAGCCAAGAACGUUACUUUCAUUCAAGGAUAUGGAAUGACAGAAACAUCGCCAAUUGCAACGAUAACUCCUUUGGGCGUUUCGAAUUGUGCCACGAUUGGUUUUCCAGCCUCGAAUGUUGAAAUGAAAAUUGCGGGCCUAGAUGAUCCGAAUUUCAAGGGUUUGGCCGCAAAUGAAACCGGCGAACUACUUGUACGCGGUCCAAACGUCAUGAAAGGUUACUUUCAAAAUGAGGAAGCUACCAAAGCAAUGAUCACCGAAGAUAAAUGGCUUCGGACUGGUGAUAUUGGGUACUAUAAUGAGGAUGGGCUAUUUUAUAUCAGUGAUCGUUUGAAGGAAUUGAUUAAAGUCAAUGCAAAUCAAGUUGCGCCAGCUGAGCUUGAGGGAAUCAUACGCGAAAAUCCUGAUAUACUAGACGCAGCUGUUAUUGGGGUUCCGAAUUCGAAAUGCGGUGAAGUACCAAAGGCAUUCGUCGUACGACGACCUGAAUCAAAAAUCACUGAACAAGAUAUCCAAGAAUUUGUAGCGAAGCAGGUGAUCAAAUAUAAGCGGUUGACGGGUGGUGUACAGUUCGUAGAUAGCAUUCCAAAAAGUCCAACUGGCAAAAUUCUACGCCGUGAAAUUCGAAAAAUCUUUUUAUAAAAAAUACAGUCAUUUUGAUUAUUUUACGUCUCCACAUUUAAUGGUUAUUUUUUUUGUUAAGUAAUAAAGUAUUUUUGAGUAAGUGAAA